AUGGGUGAUAACUCCAUUGUUGGUGUUGUUGCUGCUGCCUCUACAAAUUUGUGUGUUUCUGAUUAUAUUCCAGGUACUGGCUCCAAUACUUGGAUAAUUGACACUGGUGCUUCUGAUCAUAUGACUUAUGAUGCUAAAUUUUUUGAUGAGUUGUCUAGUAACACCUGUGACCUAUACAUAACUAGUGCUAAUGGCUUACCCUCUCCAAUUACUGGUGAGGACACAAUCUCUCUCACUCCUACUUUGUCCUUGUCUCGUGCGUUACUAGUUCCCAAUAUUCAUUAUAACUUGUUAUCUGUUGGUCGAUUACUUGAUACACUUAAUGUUUCCGCUACUUUCUAUCCUACACAUUGCUCUUUUCAGGAUCUCAAGACUCACGAGACGAUUGGGCAUGGUAAACGGAUAAGGGAGUUCUGUACUAUGGUGUCUACUCAGUUUCAUGCUUGGGUCAAAGUAUUCCGGACUGAUAACGGAGGCGAAUAUGUGAAUAACACUUUGGCAUCUUUCUUCUGUGCUCAAGGUAUUAUUCACCAAACGACAACCCCAUUUACUCCUCAGCAGAAUGGUGUGUCUGAACGUAAGAAUCGUCAAUUACUUGAAGUUGCCCGCUCCCUUAUGUUGGAUAUGUCUGUUCCCCAUCAUCUUUGGGGGCAUGCUGUUUUAUCUGCUGCAUAUUUGAUUAAUCGUACUCCUAGCCGGGUUCUUGAUUUCAAAACUCCACAUGAUGUGUCUGGUGACCAUGUUUCCCCUGUCUCAAUCUCCAAGUUGCCUCCUAAAGUUUUUGGGUGUGUUGCCUAUGUUCAUGUCUACUCUCAUCAACGGAGUAAACUUGAUCCUUGUGCUCUGCGAUGUGUCUUUAUUGGUUACUCGUCUACUCAGAAAGGUUAUAAGUGCUAUCAUCCACCUACCUAG